UUUACAAUUAUUCACCAAGAAAAGGCGGAGACAACAAGACGUCGCAAGAAUAGUAGACGAAUAAAACCCAAAGAAAUACGUUGAUUGCUUCGUUUUCAAUCGACGAGCCCAGAAGAUUUUAGAAUUGCAAAGAGUUCUUCAAGAAACGAAAUGGAUUACCAGCCCAUUCCCACGGUGAAGAGUGUCACACCCUUUGACGCCUCGCAGGAUGCGCAGGUUCUGCGGGCGGCGAUGAAGGGCUUCGGCACCGACGAGCAGGAGAUCAUCGACAUCCUGGCCGGCAGGAGCAACCAGCAGAGGCAGGCCAUCAAGGCCAUAUACGAAUCGGAGUUCGAGCGGGAUCUGGUUGAGGAUCUGAAGGACGAGUUGGGUGGCAAGUUCGAGGAUGUGAUCGUGGGCCUGAUGAUGCCGCCGGUGGAAUACCUCUGCAAGCAACUCCACUCCGCCAUGGCGGGAAUCGGCACCGAGGAGGCGACGCUCGUGGAGAUCCUGUGCACGAAGAGCAACGAGGAGAUGGCCGAGAUCGUGGCCACCUACGAGGAGCGCUAUCAGCGUCCCUUGGCCGAGCAAAUGUGCAGCGAGACCUCGGGAUUCUUUCGCCGUCUGCUCACUCUGAUUGUGACUGGAGUUCGAGAUGGAUUGAAUUCGCCAGUGAAUGCCGAAGAGGCCAAGGAGCAGGCUGCCCAACUCUACUCCGCCGGCGAGGCCAAGCUGGGAACGGAUGAGGAGGUCUUCAACCGGAUCAUGUCGCAUGCCAGUUUCCCUCAACUGCGGCUUGUGUUCGAUGAGUACAAGGAGCUAUCCGGACAGACCAUCGAACAGGCCAUCAAGCACGAGAUGUCCGACGAGCUGCACGAGGCCAUGAUGGCCAUAGUGGAGUGCGUCCAGUCGCCGGCGGCCUUCUUCGCCAAUCGUCUGUACAAGGCGAUGAAUGGAGCGGGAACCGACGAUGCCACCCUCAUCCGGAUCAUCGUUAGUCGCUCGGAGAUCGAUCUGGAGACCAUCAAGCAGGAGUUCGAGAGGAUCUACAAUCGCACACUGCACAGCGCCGUGGUGGACGCGGAAACCUCUGGCGACUACAAAAGGGCUUUGAUUGCCCUGCUUGGAACCGCUUAAAUUGUGGGGACUUUGGCAGCUGGUCCGCCCAUUAUUCUAACCGUAUUAAUAUAGCCUUACUCGUAGUGUGCCUUUUAUGAAAAUCACGUUUAAUGUCUGCGCAUGCGCACACUGGUUGGCAAUAAAUAAACGCACAUAGCAGCAUAGUUAAAAAGAACCUA